CAUUUCUCUUCCCCCAGGCGCUCGGCAAGGCCUCACAACCCUGAAGAUGGCUCGCUCCGCGGUUGUGGUGGCCGUGCUGCUGGCCCUGUCGGCUCCUGCUGUUUUUGGCCAAGGGACCUCCUCCAUCAAUGACCUGCUCAACAACGCGGCCCUGAAGCCCUUCGUUUCCGCGGUCAUCAGCAUCCCCGAGUGCCUCUCCGAUUCUGCUCUGUUGUCGUUUGAUGUGAACGAGUGCCCCUCGCUGCUGCGCAUGCUGGACGCGCUGUCGCUGGGCAACACCAACCCCGCCGUCUCGUGCGAGCUGUCGUGCGUGGAGCAGUUUGCCAAGCUCAGCGAGACGUGCUUUGCGGAGCUGAUGGACAAGUUCAGCAGCGACACCACCAACACUGGCCGCCUGGCCUCUGCGUUCUUCGAGGAGUGCGAUGCGCUGGUGGCGGACAGCACGCAGGCCGCCCCCGCCCCUUCCCCCGCGGCAGCCGAGGAGGUCUCGGAGCCCGAGAGCGCCCCCACCCCCGAGCCGGCCGUGGCCGAGGCGCCCGAGCCCGCCCCGGUGCCAUACAGCAGCGCAGCCGGCACACUGCCCAAGGCGCUGCUGUCCCUGCUGUCCCUGGCAGCCGCCGCCUUUGCCCUGCUGGCCUGAGCCCGAGCCACAGCAGCAUGCAGCUUUGCUAGUGCCCACCACGUGGCGGUGCAUGCCGGCCUUGUGCGAGUGCGCCGUUCUCUCCAUCCACCACUCCUGGACCGCCCGCUCUCUCGUCAUGCUUUAACUGAUCUUGUUGCGUCCUUUCUGCUGUCAUGGUCUGCUCCAGAGGGCCAUUGCCCCUGCUUGUCCGUCUCCUGCCCAACGGCCACCUUUUAAGCGACCGUUACGGCUCGUGUUUCCUACUUGUCUGCUGGAUCGAACUGUAAGCAUCUAGGAC